AUGGAUACACCAUUAACGAACGAGAAUGAGUCUGAUACAGCCUGGCAGCCAUCUCAGUUUGGGCAGCACGUCCAGGCACAACACCGAGCUAAUGAUCACUGCCUAGAAUGCUCCAGCCUCGGCGAGCUCCAAAUCUCCAGCAGCCAUGACAUCAUAGACGCAAUGAUCCUUUUGGUCUCCCCAGUGUUCGCAGACCUUCUCCGCAGCCGUCUGGGCAAUGUAUUCACCAAGACGACGACCCACCUGUUUCAUACUGGGCAUAUUGCAGGUGACCGGGUGCUGUGGGUGCCUGUUCUUGCUUUGGAAGAGCUUGGGCUCACUUUCCAGAACCUGCCAUUCGUUUCCAAAGGCAUUAGCAUCUGUCAGGGCAGUUCCAUUGCGGGCAAGCCACUUGCCAGUCUUGUAGUCUCCCAAAAGACCCUUGCUAUUUUCAUACUCUAA